AUGGAUCCAGACGUACUAUUGGGAAAUUGUCAUGCUGAUAUUCAAGCAAUGCUUGAUGCUUGGUGUAUGAUUACCGGUGAAGCAAAAUCAGAACAAGAUCCUGUACCUGUGGAUAUUUUAGCUGCAGUGGAAUCUACAACAAAAGCUGUCCAAUCAAUUAGGAAUUAUACAAUGGUAAAAGAUGAUAUAACAGACGAGUCACUUGCGAAAAUAAGAUCUUCUGCCUUGGAAGUUCUUGAGAUGAUAAGUGAUCUUGAAAAAACUCAUCGUGAUGAUGACACUGACGAUAGUGGCAGUGAAGAUGGCCAUUUGUACAAAUCGUCUAAUUACACUUCACUGGAUAAACAACGUGCUACUUUACAGAAAUACAUUCAGAUAGUCGAGGAAUUUUUAUUAUUUGACGAUAAAGAAAUUUAUCCACCAAACACUUCCUAUUUAAGAACAAAUUCAGAUGAUGAAAAAAAAGAUAGUCAUCUAUUAUCUCAAUUAACACCCCCAUUAUCUCCAGGUCAUCCAAAUCUUGAUUGGUCAAAUCCUGAUCAUUUUGGUAGUGACAAAUUAGCUCGAUAUCAUGCAUUUUUAGAGGCUCACCGUCCAUCAAAAUCUAAGAGAUUACCUGAUUAUACGCCUCUUCCAGAUCCAAAAUCUGACAAAGCAGGAUUCUUUGCAUCUUUAGCUGAGCGUGGUGAACAUCGUACAAGUGGAGAUAGUGGAAUAUCAUCAGUCUCUGUUAUUCAUUCCCCAUUACCGGAUGAAAGAGGAAUAUUAUCAGGCCCCGUGAUGCCUCCUUUUGGUGAUCCACCAUGGGAUGAUUUAUUAAAAAUGAUCUCUAAGGAUAUUUGCAAUAGACGUUUAACAAAAUUUAUAACAACACCAAAAUUGGGCAUAGAAAUAUUAAAUUUUGAUGAAACAAGGCUGCGUAAAAAAUAUAAAGUUGGAGUCUUAUAUUGUGCACCUAAUCAAACAACAGAAGAAGAAUGGUUUUCAAAUACUACCACAUCAAAAUAUUUUGAUGAUUUUCUUUCAAUAUUGGGUGCAAAAGUUAGACUGCUUGGGUUUGAAGGCUUUGGAGGUGGGUUGGAUACACGUACAGACGGAACUGGGGAAUAUUCACUUUACGAUAAUGGUACAUGGAAAGAUUUUGAAAUAAUGUAUCAUGUUAGCACAAUGUUGCCAUAUGACAAAGUUGAUAGACAUCAAAUAGUUAGAAAAAGACAUAUUGGGAAUGAUAUUUCGUGUAUUAUAUUUCAAGAUACUUUUAGACCAUUUUCCCCUGCGUCUAUAAGAUCGAAAUUUUUACAUGUAUUUGUAAUAGUGAGUCCGGUUCAAUUAGAGAACGGCAAAGUGGGUCAUAGGGUUGAAAUAGUUUCUAAAGAUUCAGUUCCAUAUUUUGGGCCACCUUUACCUGAUCCACCAAUAUUUGAUGAUACUUUACGAUUAAAAAAAUUUUUAAUUGCUGCUGUGAUUAAUGGACAAAAUGCAGCCUGGAAAACUGCACAAUUGGCAGAACCAUUUUUGAGAGCCAGACGUGGUAUAAUAGAAAACAUAACAAAUAGAUUAGUGCCAAACCCAAAAAAUCGCAUUGACAAUAAUGAAAGUAAAACAUCGGCAGAAAAUGUACAUAAAAAGCCUACACAAGAAGAAUUAGAUCACACAUUAAGACGUCUCUUUGUAGAACAAUUAAAGUCGGGCGGACCACCACCCGAUAUUGUACAAGUUCAAACACUUUUGAAACAAGGCGCCAACCCAAAUAUAAAAAUACCUCAACCUAAAUCAUCAAAACCAAAACCAAAACCAUCAAAUCAACUCGAUUCUUCAAAUUAUCAGUGUGAUGGAAAAUUGCAGAUCUAG